UAACGAUAUUGACUUGAGUUCACAAAAUGGAACGUUUAACAGCUUUGCUUUUUUUCCAGAGGUUGGUUGGUUUGCUUGAAAUUAUUAAAUGAAUUUAAUUUGGCGAUUCAUUUCUGUGGUCAUUCGUUAACUUUACCUAUUAAAAGAUUAGUUUCGUAGUCUCAUCUUGACUCUAAAUUAGGUUUGUGAUAGUCAAAUCAUCUAAUUUGUGUUUGACGCUUAACUAAACAUAUUUCACACGUCUGUUGAUUACUUUCAUUUUCACAAAAAUGACUUCAGCUCUUUACUUAGAGCAUUACCUGGAUAGUCUCCAGCACCUGCCAAUAGAAUUACAAAGAAACUUUAAACUCAUGAGGGAUCUCGACGACCGAGCGCACGGAAUAAUGAGGACAAUCGAUCUCAUGGCCGAUGAGUUAUUGCCGAAUAUUCCAAAAAUGGAUGAGGAAACUAAGAAAGAAAAGGUAAAUACAAUUCAGGGACUUUUUAAUAAGGCCAAGGAAUACGGCGAUGAUAAAGUGCAGCUCGCAAUUCAGACGUACGAGUUAGUCGAUAAACACAUACGGCGGCUCGAUUCCGACCUUGUACGCUUUGAAUCCGAGAUUCAAGAGAAGGUGAUGAGUGCCAGAGCAGCUCAGCAAGCGGCGGCCGACCAGGAGGCCAACACGACUACUGUUAAAAAAGGCAGGAAGAAACAUAAAGGUAAUGAGAAGACAGCUGCAACAACUGGUAAGAAGAAGCGCGCCGGAGCGUCCAGUGAAGACGACGCUGUCGCGGCGGGUCGCUCGGCCGCCAAGAAGAAAACGCAACGUAAAGGUGCAACUGCCACCGCCAAUGCUGUCAAAGAACAGGAAGAGAAUGCUGAUUUGGAUUCAGUCGCUGGCAUGGCACACCCCAGCGACGUGCUCGACAUGCCUGUGGAUCCCAACGAGCCCACUUACUGCCUAUGUCACCAAGUGUCUUAUGGUGAGAUGAUCGGUUGUGAUAAUCCUGAUUGCCCUAUAGAGUGGUUCCACUUUGCCUGUGUUGACCUCAAGAUCAAGCCUAAGGGUAAGUGGUACUGCCCCAAGUGUACUCAGGACAGAAAGAAGAAAUGAUCCGCGGUGAAGCCAGUGGCUAAACCUGCAGAUAAGACUGUGACAGUUAAGAAAGAACUUAAAUAACUUCCUAUUUAAUUAUAAGUCAUUAAUACACCAAUAAAUUAAAUUGUAUAAUAUGAUCAGAUAAUUUAAGAUUAUUAUGAAAAUAAAACUUUAUACAUUCAAAAUACUGGCCUUAGCAAUAAACCUCAUUGGUAUGUUUUGCAACAGUUUAUAUCACAAGGAACUGUCCAACAAAAGACUUAUUGGAUCAACAUUCCUGGCGGUUGACUUAUACCUAUAAGAUAUUUGAUAUUAAUUGCAAUAAGUAUUUUUUAUACUUAGUACUAUAGGAGGUCCAUUUAAAUGAGUAUUCACCUGUGGAGUACCACCACAGGCACCUGCAAAUGGCCACUGAGAGGAUCAAUAUUCCUUGUCUGGCGCCCCACCCCACUCCAUAGGCGAGGACUCAUUUAAUUUAGUAAUUAGUGACCAAAUGUGACAAAACAAAAUCUUAAGUAGUUUAGUAAUGCUUGCAAUGAUAUUGUUAUAACUUUAUAUGUUUGUAAAUCCUUCGUUAAUAUUAUUUUUAGUGCUAAUAAGGUUUUGUUUUAGAAAUGUACUAUUACCAUUAACCAUGCAAGGUAACAUUUACAUAAGUGACUCUUGCAAUGUAUAAAGGCUACUGUUUUAUAGAUUUUAUAAUAUGCACAAAUAGGGAUAUUCUAAAGUAAGUUUUGUCUAUAAAACUCUGAAUGCAAAGCAAUGUUACUCAUAUUGUAUUUGCUGACAUUACAUAUGGAGAGCGAUUGUAUUAGUAUUUUAUAGACAAAAUAUAUGUGUACAGUCAAUCGCGCGUCAAGUUACCCUGCAUGGACCUCUAUGUCGCGGUAAUAGCGGCGAUUUCGCAUUGAUUAGGGCAGGUUGAUGUGUUGUUGUUCGUACAGUAAUAUAUACAACUUGAUCAGCCAAUGUAAUUGCUAUUAUUAUGCAAUUAAUGUGUCAUAUGAGAUCACAAAAUAGGUAAUUAUAUUUAUCUCUUAAAUUAGGGAGUAAUAUAAAAAUUGUAAGUUUUAUAUUGUUUGUUAUAAUUGAGAGUUUGAAAAGUAAUAUAUUAAAAUGUGCUAGUAGUUAGUCAAAUUGCCUCUUUUAUUAUGGUGGCACUUCACAUGGAUAUUAUUUGUCAUUGUGUUUUUGCAAUAAACGACGUACAUUGCGUAAUUUUAUUUCGAAGUAGGCAUUGAUACCUGACAAAAGCGAGCAAUGCAAGUCGAUUAAUGGAAAUUUAACAAUUAAUAGCCAUGUGAAUUGUUGUGAUGCCGAUCGAUAGGCCACUUUAUAUCGAUAGUCUAUCGAUUGUUUGGCAAUAUUUGAAUUAUCGUCAGCUUAAAAUGUGGAAACUAUUGAUACUAUCGGCAUUUUCGAUACUAUCAAUAAUUUUGAACAAUGAAUAGUAUCUAUAGUAAACUCGUCAUGGAUGAAAAUAGUAUCGAUAGCAUAUAGCGACUAUCAGGCUAUAAUAUUUUCGAUACUAUUGCCAUCAAUAGAUAUAGAUAAGAUAAAAAAACUACAUUUCAUGCUAUCGAUAGGACUAUCGAUACCUUACCUAAUUGAAUAUCGAAGAAAAGUAUCGAUAGUGGAAGUUGUAAUACUAUCGCACAGAAUAUUACAUUUUCUUAUAUCUCUGUGUACAGUCAACAGCACAUUAAACUACACAAAUUCAUUGCAAACUCGCCGCUAUUACUGCGCCAUAGAAGUUGCAGGGUAACUCGACUGUGCUGUUGGCUGUACUAUCGGUAGUUUACUAAGACAUCAUAAGAGAAGUGCCAGCAUAGACCAUAGUGGUAUUAGAGAUCAUUUUGAUACCAUAUCGUAUAAAUAGAUAUUAAAAUAAUGGGCUUUCACAAUUUGUAUGUAUAUGAGUUUGUGUACCAGUUUUUAUGAGAGAUUUUACAUCUAUUUUUAUAACGAUGGUACUUAUUGUUUGACAUGACGUUUUAUCACCUCAUUAUAAUAUUAGCAGUAUUUGUUGUAUUGUUUCUAUUAUGUUUGAGUUAUGGUUAAGAACGUGUGACGUUUCAUUGGUAAAGGUGAUAAAUGUGAUGUUAUGAGCGGGUUUUUAAUUUUUUCUUUGUUUUUGAUCUGAAUAGUUUUUGAGUAGAAGAUUACAGAAAUAUCGACUAUAAGAAACGGUCUGGUGUAAAAGUCCAUUCAUGCUUUUAAACCUUAUUCCUACGGAAAAAAAAUGAAAUGCAAAUGUUCAGUCAUGAUUGGGUUUUGCGAAGGUCAUACUUUAUACCUCAUUCCUUAGGAAUUUUUCAUAUUUUUAAACUUUAUUCCUACUUUUGCAGCCGACCGUACCUUCACCCUUUGGAACGUCACAAUUAGGGACUAAACAUUUGUGAAUUAAGAUUUACUUGUUAAAUUUCCCAUUAAUUAACAAAUAGGUAUAUAGUAUUUCUUUUAUGUGUGUCAAAAUAUGAUUCAUUUUUUAUUGUGUCUUUCCCAUGGAUUCAUUUAUUUAUCAAGUACUUAAAUAAAGAACUUAGUUUGAGUGUAUGAAAUGAAGAAUUUCAGUUAAAACAUUUUGCUGUGAUAUACCUUUCAUUUUAAACCAGUAAAGACAAUAACUAUAUUUCAAUGAUCCCAUAAGACUUCCAUGCUUGCAGUUCUGUUUUUUUUUUACACCAAUUAAGUAUCAAAUGUUUUCCAUCGAUAGUUUCUAUCAGUAUAUCUGAGCAUUGUAUAUAAUUGACUUUUGUUGUUAUCAUGAUUUUAUAGGAUUCAAUAAAUCUUAAUUUUGAUAUUAA